AUGAGCUUAGAAACGAUUGAUCCCUUCUCUGGAGUAUUUUGUCUAAAGCACCGGAGCUAUGGUAGACACCAAUGUCCCAAAGCUGACAAACAUGAUGUCACUGUUGUCAUCUGCCCUCUCUGUGCCAAAGGAGUUCGCUUAAUUUCCGAUGAAGAUCCGAACAUUACUUGGGAAUCACAUGUAAAUAUUGAGUGUGAUCCAUCAAACUAUGAGAGAGCCACAAAGAAAAGGAAAUGUCCAGUACCCAGAUGCAAGGAACUCCUAUCAUUUUCUAACAUGGUCAAGUGUAGGGAUUGUACUGUAGAUUAUUGUCUGAAACAUCCGUUUGGUCUGGAUCACAAUUGGCCUGGGCCUAAGAAACCUAAAGCAACUUUUCAGUUUAUGGGCUUUCUAAAUAGAAGUAGAAAGGAGGAGCCAAAGCAACCUGCCGUCUCAUCUUCAUCAAAAUGGGCUACAAGCUUCCUUAAAGCAGCUGAAGCUGGAAUGGCACUUUGA